AUGGCAAAGAGUUCAAGAGCCAGCACGGUGAAAACCAACAACCAGCGCCUCAAGGCCAAUGUCUUCGGACCCGUCGAGCAGGCUCGCAUGGAGCGCCUCUCCGCCAAGCUGCUGGAAGUCGCUGCUGCCCCCAAGCCCCCGAGGCCAGAGCCCAGCGAGAUGAAGAUUGUCGAUAAGGCCGAGGAACAGGCAGAAGAUAAUGCCGCUGACGAGACCAUGGAAAUCGAUAGCAAGCCUGCUCCCGCCACCCGCACCUCUGGUCGCAUUACCAAGAAGAAGAAGAAGAACUCCAAGAUCGUCUUCCCAAAGUACGGCGACCGAAAGAAGACAGGCUUCUCCACCAAGAACAAGAAGACCGCCUAG